AUGCUUGUCCUGAAGACUCCGAGUAUCCGGACACAAGGGAAUGCCCUCGUCGCUUCUCUCGCUUUCACUGACGUCAUCAUGGGUGUAGUCUACGUCAUCUAUAGUUGCCUGAUCUUGACCUCGACUCCUUCAGGUGAUUGGCACUUCUUUUCUGAUCGGUUCCUUGUGGUGUUCGGCUCGAGCUUGACGGAUGUUUCUGCCGUGCACAUGGCAUUAAUCGCACUUGACAGAUACAUCUUCUUCGUGCAUCCUUUUGUUUACAUGAAAAGAAUAAACAAGAAACUAACGACUUUUGUUAUUUCUGGGGCCUGGAUGUUCGGUGUAAGCCUCACUGGCGUCAAUUAUAUCGUCUACAUCGCCAAAGAGGAUAUAUACGCGACUUGUAACUUCUCUCACACGCCUUUGAGUUACUUAUACAACGUGACAUUUCUCAUCUACCUCGCGGUGAAUGUGGUGGCGUUUGUCUGUUACUUUCGAAUAGCGAGACUAAUACAGCAACAUCGACGUAUCAUCGCGGCGAACAGAGAGAUGGUAAGGUCAAGGAUUCUUCUCACGACUUCUGACCCUUCUGCUCAUUCGCAAGACACUUCAAAUAUUUCGGAAAACCACAUGAAAAGAUUACGUAUUUUGAUCACAACAUUCUCUGUGUUUUUCGUCUGUAAGAUGACGUCCCUGUCUGUGUUCGGGGUAGAGCAGUACCUCACGAUCCUCCCUGACGUGCUUGUGUUCAUCGUUCUGUUCUUCAUACCCAUCAGCUCCACGGUGAACUUCCUCCUUUUUACCCUCAUGGACAAACAUUUUCGAAGAGCUCUCACCAAGAUGGCGUCCUGUCGUUGUUGA